UGGCCUGGUGAGGACUAUCGAGCAUCGGACAUCGUUUCGAUAGAGAACACGGGAGAAUUUGAAAAACGUGCCAUGUGCGAGCUCUAGUCAUUGCUCUAGUGAUUCAGGAUUUAUUGUGUUCCCCUCGGGAAUGUACUCUCUCUAGGAUAUACUCUUGUACGGUGCUCCAUUCAUUAUUAACGGUGCUUUCGUGUGAGGUGUUACGGCACAGUGUUCACGGUCCACUGAUACUCGCUGCCAAAUAAAAUAAACGAAAAACAGGGAACGUGUUCCCCGUGUUACAGUGGACGAUCAUACUCAAGUCACUUCACUUCCGAUCCGAUACUUCCCAGGGACCUUGCGUUAAAUGAAUCCUGCUGAGUUAAAUCAGUAUCAACCAGUUGCUACGUUCGAGAAGCUAGAAAGCACACAACACUUCUACAGAAUGGAGAAGGGAAGCCCUUCGCGCCAGUUCCUGGCAGGAAUCUUAGUUAAUCUGGCCUCGGUUAUGGUCGGCACUGCGCUCGGUUGGACAUCACCAAUCGCUCCCAAGCUGGCCUCAAAGGAUGAGACGCCACUCGACACAAUCCCGACGGCCUCGGAGAACUCCUGGAUUGCCUCUCUAGUUGCACUGGGUGCACUUAUCGCACCCUUCGUGGCGGGUCCUUUGGCCGAACGGUUCGGUCGGAGGCUGACGCUACUCGGAAGUUCCGCUUUUUUCAUCGUGUCCUGGGUGCUGCUGCUGACUACCGGGACCGUUGUGCAGGUGCUUGUUGCCCGGUUCUUGCAAGGUUUGGGCGUUGGUUUCGUGAUGACCGUGCAAACGAUGUACAUUGGAGAAAUCGCAUCGAGUGAGUACCGUGGUGCUCUCGGUUCCCUUAUGCAGCUGUGUAUCGUGACCGGUAUUCUUUAUGUGUACAGCGUUGGACCGUUCGUGUCUUACCACGCCUUACAGUGGGCCUGUCUCGUGCUACCGAUUCUGUUCGCCGUGACGUUCUUCUUCAUGCCGGAAACGCCGGCCUACUACAUCUCGAAGGGUGAAAAGGAGCGUGCGGUGGAAUCGUUGUGUUUCCUGCGCGGCAAAACCGUCGAAGGCAUCCAGGAGGAACUGAACGAGAUCACCACAACCGUCGAGGAGUCUUUGAAGAACAAGGGCACCGUGACGGAUCUGUUCCGUAAUCCAGGCAACGUCAAGGCGCUGAUCAUCUGCGCGGGCCUCAUCAGCUUUCAGCAGCUUUCCGGCAUAAACGUGAUCUUGUUCUACAGUCAGAGCAUCUUCGCGAGCACAGGAAGCAGCCUGGAACCAGCGAUAUCCACCAUUCUGGUCGGUGCGGUGCAAGUGCUGGCCAGCGGUGCCACACCCUUGAUCGUCGAUCGGCUCGGCCGAAAGCCAAUCCUGCUGACAUCGGCCGGUGGCAUGUGUUUGUCGCUCAUUACCAUGGGUCUUUACUUUUUCCUCAAACACAUCGACUCACCGGCAGUGCCAAGCGUCGGUUGGCUACCGAUCCUGUCGCUCAUCGUCUUCGUCACCGUGUACUGCAUCGGUUUCGGGCCGCUACCGUGGGCCGUUCUGGGGGAGAUGUUCCCGGCCAACGUGAAGUCGAUCGCGUCCUCGAUCGUCGCCUCGACCUGCUGGGUGCUCGGCUUCAUUAUCCUGCAGUUCUUUGCCGAUCUUGACAAGGCCGUCGGUUCGCACUGGUCGUUCUGGAUCUUUGGCAUCUUUUGCGCCGUGGCGUUCGUGUUCACCUUCACCACCGUCAUGGAGACGAAGGGAUUAAGCUUGCAGGAGAUUCAGGAUCGAUUGAACGGCAAGCAGUAGCGAUGGUGGUGUGGUGCCGCAAAUUUACCAUCGCUCAAACUAUCAAAGAAUAGCAAAUAGAAUCAUGGAGGUCUUGCUAAUCAAGAUUAACUUAGAGAACUGUUACGAAGCGGUCGUACCUAUUAUGCAUAACUGUUUUUUUUUUUUUUACUGUAAACCCAUAUUCACAUCUCUUACUAAGUGUAUACAUUAAUUAAUAGCGCGUUGGAGUACAUGAAACCCAUAAAAUGUGACAUGACGAUGAUGUCAGUAAACUGAA